AUGGAGAGCCACACAGUAAAUUGGAGAGCCAAUUUAUUGGAGAGCCACACAUCAUACUACAGUGCCCGAUCACAUGCCCUCACUGGACUGAUGUUCAGAUUCCUCCACAAACUGAACUCUCUCUACCAAAGAUUAGAAUUGAACUCCUUUGAGAAAAGUCUUAUUUCCCUGUUCAUGCCAGACACCAUGAGCGAGACCUCUGGGGGUGCAGAUAAACUUCACUCAACUUCCCAACCAAAAGAUCUGACAGAGAAUAAGCUAAUAGAACUCAAAUCUGAACUUACUAAAUUAAAUGUGGAAAUCUUAAACCUAACUCGCACGAGGAAGCUGGCCCUCACAACCUCAGUGGGGUGGAGGCAGAAUCUGCCCAAGAGUUGGCAUGAUGUUCAGUUCUCCAACUCCUACACGAACAAGACAUCAGUUGUCCUGCCCACCAUGGACUUUGCCAUUUGCAGAAAGGCUGGAGAUAUGAAGAAGCCAUUCACUUUCAGAUUCUUUGAAGGUCUGAUGGAGACAAUCAAGUCUAGAAUCACAGAUGGCAGAGAGCUUUGUACUGACAGCUUUACUUCAUCAAAGAGUGGCAUUGAUCUGCUGCUUGUUCCAGAGAAUGGGAAUGACCUGCUCUCACUUGCAAAGAGUGGGGAUAAUACUGUUCCAGAGCCUGGAGAUAACCACCUCAUGCCUAAGUCCCCACCUCAGGUGUGA